AUGCAGGAGGAGUCUGCAGAGGCAGUGAGGGUGAGGUCCGCCUUCAACCAGUCCCUGGAAGAUGCAAAAGUCGCUCUGGAGAAGGUGACCCUAGCAGGCACCAUGAAGGAUGUUGAGCAGCUUUUGCAGGACAUUCACGACCUGGAGGCGAUGAUUGAAUCGGCUGGGCGGCCGGCGGGCCAGGAACGCCGCGUCUCCUUCUCGGCCGGCAAUGCAGUCUUAGAGGAGCGCUUGCAUGCAACCCUGGACCGCGCCUCGCACAUCAUCCCUAGUGCCGUGGAGUCUAUCAAGAGGAGCAGGAGCCCCCGCACCAGCGAGCAAGCCGCCUCCGCGCUCGAAAGCGUUGCUGAUCUGAAACAGCAGUCUUUGGUCCUGGGUGUGCCGCUGGUUCCUCAAAAGAAGAAGAAAGGUAAGAAGCACGGCCAGGCAGACGAGGCUGGGCUUUCCAGAGAGCUCCUGAUUCAGAAGCUCAGGACGGAUGGUUGCUGGACGCAGAUACCGCCACCCGGGCCAUUGAAGCCCUUGACCCCGAGCAGUGGGGCUACCAGUCCUGAGCGAACUCGUCGGAGUUGGCUGAAAUGGUGGCCUGGUCACCACGAAGGACACUGCCGUGCCAAGGAGGCCUUUCUUGCCAGCUUGCCCGAAGACAAACUGACGCCCAAUGAGAUGGAGCUCCGAGAUGCCAUCAUUGAGUUCCUGGGAGGGAGAAGGAGCAAGGAGAGCCCUAGCCUGGAAGAGAUCUCGGUGCAGCCGGCCGUGAUGGAGUGUAUGGAGAAGACGCUGCCCCAGUUUAUCACAUUGGAGGAGUGGCUGUAUUGCCGCCAGCGUCUCAAUCGCAAGACCUCGCGCUUGAACACGCCCCAGCCGCUGUGGACGUCAUCACCGGAGAGGUGGCGGCGUGACCCCCCGCUUUCUGAGCCGGACGCAGAAGUUUGUCCCAGGUUCCAACGCAGAGACUCUGGGGAGCGCCGCGGUAGCAGAGUCUUUGGCGUGAACUUUCGGGUCACUGACCGGGGCCAGGUCUUCGGUUCUGUGGCAGGCGACGACGAGACCGUGUGCGAGCUGCCGUGGGCCCGCAGCGUGGUGGUGCCGGAGCAGAAGAACUUCGCCUGGAUCCAGGAAGUAGGCGCAGGCACGCGGCGGCUGCUGCCCAGUGUCACUGCCCGUGUGGGCGGCAUGGUUCUAGAGGAGGUCAUGGCCUGGCGCUUGUCGCACAGGCAUCGGCAUCGCCAAGUCGAGCCACCUUUGCGAAGCAUGUGGGAGGCUUUAAAUGAGCGUCGCCCCCACAAACCCUGCGAAUGUGAAUUCUGCAGCGGAAGGCUGCAUUAUGACAUCAGCCUGGCAGACUGUGAUGAUGGCUGA